AUGCGUAUCCUCCCGACAUUGAGCGGCCUCAUUCUGGCCGGCGUGGCCACCACCGCCGCCCUCAACAACAGCUUCUGCACCCCCAAGUCUGGCGAUGUCCAGGUAGUCCAGUACGCCUGGGCUCUCGAAUUCUUCGUCCAGCAAUACUACGCCUCCGUCCCAGUCAACCAGACCUUCCUCAACUCGGCGCUGAACAGCUCCACCGCAAACUACGCCUCCAACCUACAGGGCAUCAACCAGCAGAACCGCCUCGGCGUCCGGGCCACGCAGCAACUCGGCAAGCGCAUCAGUAACUUCACCGCGCCCGGCUGCAACUUCACCUUCCCCACCCCAGCCAGCAGCGAGGCGUUCCUAACCACCGCCCAGGCGUUCGAGUCCAACGUCUCCGCCGCCCUCGUCGGGCUCGAGGGCUUCACCCAGGCCCCCGAGGUCUCCUUCCUGAUCGCUCGUCUAGCCGCCCAGCACGCCGGCCACGCCGCCUACCUCGCGACUACCCAGGAGGCCGUCGUCUUCCAGAGCAACGUUACCUCGCUGGUAAGCGCCUACAGCCCCAGCUACGUGCUCUCCAACGGCACCAGCCCCGGCCAGCUGGGCCGCUACUUCAGGGGAUGCGUCUCGGCGCCUAAGCCCCCUUGCGGUAACCUUACCAUCGGGCCAUUGAUUGCCACCAGAGGUGGCAACUCUUCGACGAGCUCGAAUUCUUCCUCGUCUAGCUCCGCUUCUGGUGCUGCCACUUCUACGGGGUCUAGCAGGAGAAGAUUCUGGUAG